AUGUGUGUCAACAGGACCUUUAAUAACCUGCUCGCACCAGAUGGCGUACUUCAAGCUUCAAAGCUUGCUAAGCAUGGAGCGUUGACCACGACAGAUCAAGAGCAUCUGUGGUCCCUAUCGCGUCGAGCCUUCUUUCCGGGUAUGCCUCGUCCGCUGUUUUCCCGGUCUGAGCAUGGCACAUGGAAACUCAUUCGAGCGGGUCCCGGCAAUGAUUAUGUUCGAGUGAUCUGGCCUUUUGCUGUGCGAUCAUGUGGCAAUUGCCUACGCGGACGCUUGCAGAAGGAAACGGAUCUACUUUUCUCCGCUUCCUCUGCCUUGCUGCCUGCCCUUCCCUUUGCAUUUUUUACUCCAUCUCUUAACUAUGUUGCUUCCAUCACCCUGCGAAACGAACCUCCUCCGACAGGCUUGCAGUUGACCAAGUGGUAUUUCAAGCCCCAAGUCGACGAUAUGAAAGCCAAGUUGGACGAGGUUAGGGAGCUGGGUGCCGCAACCGCCGAGGAAUGGUUCAAAGGUCUUGAAGUUGAUGGCAAAGAGAAAGCGGCUGAUACGGCCCGCUGGGAACAUUGGGAAGCAGCAGGAGGCUUCCAAGCCAUUGCUCAUGGUGUUCCUGACUCUCGACCUCUGCAGCGGCCGGAUCGUGAGUCUUACCAUCAUUCUUCCACUGGUCCGAGUCCUUCAGGUUUUGGGACGGCUACAGCGAAUACUUUUGAAGAUGCCAGGCCUAGUCAAGCGCAUCCCUGGGCUAUUCAAGCUCCCCAAUCUACAUUGCCUCCUAAGCCGGCAAUUUCCAUCUCCCCUUAUGGAUUGACAUUCCCUAGCACCACGCAAAGUUCCUCUCUACCCUCAACAAAGCCCUAUACGAGGGUCGAAAGAAGUAUUCACGAUGUUAAUGAGAAGAAGAAUGCUAGGCGUCUUGAGAUUGAAAAGCGUUGUGCAGAGCUCAAUCCACCGAUUAAACCUUCGACGUUGGCCCUCAUGGAAUCUUUCGCAGCAGCACUUCAGAUUGCAAUGCCUCUAACUGAUCAAGCGUGGGAGCAUCUUAGACCACGUUUGCUUGCACAGCGUGAAGUAGCGGAACAGCAAGAGCGAGAGCAGCUCGCCAAAAAUCAAUUCUUGAUACAGCAGGCCGAAGAACGCAAACAACAAGAAGCUCAACUCAAAGAAGCAAAAGAAAUUCUGGAUCGGGAAUGGGAAGAGUCGCAAAAGUCCGUCCGUGAGAAGCUGGAAAUGUAUGCAGACACUUUUGUCCGAGAACAGUGGCAAAACGGGGAUGCAAUUACGAAAGGUUCUUGUGCACAAUUCGCAGCUGACAUGCUCCUGCAUGUGCGCCACCGGUUUUACACCUCCAUAGCCCAAGAAGAUGCACACAAGCGCUCCAUGGGUAUCCCAAUACCUAUAGACAGUCCUCAAGCUACUCCGACUCGGAAAUUAACACUGGAAAAUAUGAGGUGGGUAUAUGAGAACAAGAUAAAGCCGUUUACCGAGCACUACCAGAAAGAGCUGUUUCUGUGCAACGCAUGUGACAACCACGGAAAAUAUUACAGCCUUGACUCUGUUGUGCAGCAUUUCGCGGCUAAACAUACCGACAGCCUCAGUAUGGGUACUGCUGUGGUAUACUGGAAGUCUGACUGGCCAGAGCUGCCACCAUUCGAUCCAAACCCUACGGCUGCGAGAGCGUCGAUGUAUGUUUCGGCGGUAAACGCUUCGCCAGCAUUUACCUCAGCACAGUUCAUGCACAACACUCCAUCGGCUUCCCAUGGCCAUGCAACAGGCAUGCACAUUAACCCUGAGCACUCAAUGUAUCCAGGACCGCACAUUGCAGCGCCCGCUUAUGGCAGGCCUGCGCAGAGCUAUGGAAGCGUGUCGCCAGCCUAUCAAGAGCAACCAUCUCCGAAAAGCACCUUCUACAGGAUAGAUCAGGCAGCUGUCCGAGGCUACAAUCCUUCGCCCAUUACCACCUACCCAGCCGCACAAGUAUAUGGCCAUCCGCAGGCUCCCAAUCAUCAGGAUUGGCGAGGACAACAAGCGGCAAAUAACGCCACCAAUUCAUAUCAACAAGCUUUUCCUGUAUCGUUUCCAAACCAACAACCCGACUUCAGUGCAAGACCAGGAUCUGCUUUAUCUCAAAUAUCCCAGAACCCUCCCUACGCAAGCUGGCCUACCGCUUCCAAUAAAUUCCCUCGACCGCUACAACAGGCAGUCGUCAAGCCAGCAGUCAAUCCUGUUCAACCAGGACAACCGAUGGGAAUAUAUCAAGUACAAAUUCAGGAGCUGGCCAAAAAUGCAAGAGAGAUUUUUGAGGGCACUUCUGACGUAGCAGAAAUGCCAGACAGUGUUCGCGUCCAGGUAAUCAUCCGUCACGUUGUCCUGCGCUUCAAAGAUAAGUAUACGAAUGAGCCGAACUUGGCCUUGUUCACAGAUGGCCUGAACAAUAACUCGCAAAUGGCACCGAUGCGAGCCUUGAGCGGACUAUCGUGUAAGGCCUGCGUAACUACGAGCAGGAUGAGCGGGACGUACGGUGAAGCGGUAAAACGAGACUCAGAUCGCAGGAUGCACACGUUGCCUGCUCUCCUAGCUCACUUCCAGUCUGCUCAUGUCGAACACGUCCAACCCAUUGCAAUUUCGUCUGGUGGCGUCGAAAUGCCAAGGCUUGAUUGGAAAUUUGAUAUGGUUGAGAUGCCUGAUGCGGCUGUUGUGCGGAACCUAAUUUAUUCGCGUGGAAUUACUCAGAUGAAGCUCAAUCUCAUCGCGACUGUUCUUCCAAGCUACUUCCCAUCGCCGUUACCUCAAGUUGAGCCGCCCUACAGUAACAACGAUGACCCUGCGUUCGCUGAAUCGGAAGCUGGAAAGACACCACUAGCUCAUGACUUUGCCGGAAGGGACAGUCGUACGACUCAAGCACUGACCGAUGGCCCUAGCCCUGCUCCAAUGGCGGAGCAUCUGAUCGAGGCGGUUGACCGUGGUGAUUCUCAGCAAUCAAGAUAUCGUCUGCUUGACAACACGAAUCAAUCCGUACCGAGACAGGAUGAAGAGUCGAGGGAGGACGAAUACGAUCCGCAUCGCCCUGCGUACACGGGUGCACUAAAACCAGAAAUUCGAUCACAAAUGUCUUACGAACCAAGUAGGUGGGAUUUUUGUCAUGAAAAUGAGGACGCACCUGCUCGAGUCCUUGUCAGCGGUCAGCGUGCGCCUCAGGAUCUCGAAGCGGUCGCCGAUCACAAUCGCGUAGCUGCCGCCUCAAGUUACGCUGUCCCUCAGACAGGUCAGCCUCUUUCUGGACGUUCCGACACUGAAUUGCGAGGGGCCUUUGUCCGGGACGCGUCUGGACUGGAGCCACGGGGUCGCUGGGCUGUGCAAGAAUCUAAGCCAGCCCAGACUGAGCCGGAGGCAGCUCCAGGGCGUGAACCGCUUAAUGCAGCUGAACAGUUUCUGCAGAAUUUCGAUCCUACAGCCGAGACUUUUCAGGAACGCACGCCUCCAGCACCUGCUGCAAGCACGCCAAGACGAAAUGAAUAUAGUCAUGACUUCUAUAGCAACCCAGGUCCUCAAGCGAGGACGGAGGAUCUUAGUUGGCUCCCCACAGGGGCAAACGCUAAAACGACAGAUUACAGUGAAAGAUUCGUGCAUGAAGCAACCGACGGCACAGUCGAUGAGCCCCACCAUGCUCGUGAAUAUGCUAGACUUUAUGGUGGACGGCAUGUUGAGGAACUACCCAGGACGGAGCGCUCUGGAGCUACCUCGCCGGACAACCAGUCGUUGUCCAAGGUUCGCGUGGCCCAUCUUCCUCCACAUUUGAAAAUAGUUCGUGAUUCUCCAUCUCGAAGACCAAAUAGCAGGUUUGAGCGUUACGAAGCCCAACGACAAGGGUCACAACAGGCUCAAUCUCGUUCACCGGCAGCUGCGACGGCGUCACUUCCUAUCGACGAGGAAAUCUACCGUGAAUCCUAUCCGGUACAUCGACCAGCAGGUCGUCAGAUCUAUGCAGCACGACCCGAAGAGCGACAUGGAGGCUAUCCUUACGCAAGCGAGGUUACCCAUCGGCGAGCGCCACAGUCGUCGCACCAGAUUCGUUACAUUGAGAAUCCUAGGUAUGUUGAAUCAUUACAUGAUAGGUACGUCGAGUAUGUAAGGGUCGCUCCUCGCGAAUGGCAAGCGUCAGGCGGGUAUUAUGUUCAACGUCCAGCAACACAUGACGGGACAGAUCAAUACGUUGGGUAUGAGCCGACUCGACCCCACGAACAAAUUUUCGAGAAAGAGGGUCAUUUGUAUACACGAGCGCCACCUUCACCAGAGGACUAUCGUAACCCGUACGCUCGGCAGAUACCACACCAGUGA